AUGUCUACUUGGAAAAACGAAACUAACACUAACGCUAAUCGGCAACCCGAUAAAAAUAAAACAACUAUAUCCAGACGAUCACAAGGUUUAAAGUUUAAUCCUCACUGUUUCUACACACGACCAUCGAGAACAAGGAUCAUAAUUCAAACGAAGACUACUCUAUGGUUAAAAAAAAAUCUCUCUUCACAAGUCGAAACUUCAAGAGCCCCGUACUACGCUAUUGCAAACAAUUAUGAAGCAAUAUUUUCCAUUUCAGGUAGACUAAACUAUCAUCAACGAAACGAAAUACGAAACAAAAUAACGUUAGCUCCAAUGAUGCAAUUUCAAACCCAUCCGUCAUAA